AUGAUUUCAAGGGCCACAGCUUCCGGUUUCCCAGAUCUCUCUCAAGGCCUGCACAAUAUAUUUCCUGCUGCUGCUGCUGUUAAUCUGGUUUCACCCUCUGUUGAAUCAGCUCCCUCUCAAUCAACCUCGCUCAUGUUCAAUCUCUCCCUCCUCAAAGACAGGCUCACUCAUGUCCAGACACUCGCGGGUAUUCUUAUUUCCUCGGAUCAGACCUUACCAGACUCUACCUGUACAACCUUAGCCAGUAUGAAUUCUAUCAUCCAGGAAUUCAUUGUCACUGCCUCCUCCAUGGUGCUCACGUGCCAACACAUGUUCCUUAGUUUCUCUCCACCACCAGGUACCCAUUGCACUGAAUCCAACUUUGGCCAUUAUACAAGUAUGCACAGUAGUAAUAAUACGAAUAACAUAGCUCCACACAGAGAGCAAGGUAUCUUCUCUAGUCCUGAUGAUCAAACCUUGAACUGGUUCGGUGGUGAAAGCUAUGAUAACAACAAUAACUGCGUUAAUAAUCUCAAGGAUGAUGAUCCGAGUGCUGGGCUUAGUGAAACGAAGAGAGAAUUGUCUCAAAGGGAUGAGACGGAUGAACCAAAGAACGAGGACAUAAUCGAAUUGGAUGCUGCUGAUUUGCUGGCCAAGUACACACAUUACUGUCAAAUUUGCGGGAAAGGGUUUAAACGAGAUGCGAAUUUGAGGAUGCAUAUGAGAGCUCAUGGGGAUGAGUACAAGACAAGUGCCGCCUUGAGCAACCCGAUGAAGAAUAGAGACAAAGAAUGUUCGAUGAGCACGUUCAGGCCUAAGAAAUACUCAUGUCCGCAGGAAGGAUGUAGGUGGAAUCAGAAGCAUGCCAAGUUUCAACCGUUGAAGUCAAUGAUAUGUGUGAAGAAUCAUUACAAGAGAAGUCAUUGUCCGAAGAUGUACGUGUGCAAAAGGUGCAAUUUGAAGCAUUUCUCAGUGCUGUCUGAUCUGAGAACACAUGAGAAGCACUGUGGGGAUCUCAAGUGGCAGUGUUCGUGUGGUACAACGUUUUCAAGGAAAGACAAGCUCAUGGGCCAUGUUGCUUUGUUCGCCGGGCAUGCUCCAGCUGUCAGUGGCUUGUCCUAUUCUGGAAAAUUGGUCGAGCAGCAGGCAUUGCAAAUGCAGGAAGAUGGCGGUAGUGCAAGAUCAUAUGUUUGAUAUAUACUAGAGUGUUGGAUUUUGGAUAAAUAAAAACUGCAUAUUACAUAGUUAACCACGUGCAGUUCUAUAUAUGAAAGCUCAAAAUUGUCUUGUGAUUCGACUUUUAAGUUAUCUAACUGUGAGCCAUGAGACAGGAUAGGAAUUUGAACUUUGUAGCAUCUUGUAAUUUUAAUACAGUUUUUUUU